AUGGGUUCAGGCGAUGAAGUUGUAGUCAUAACUGGAUUUGGUCCGUUCAGGCAAUACUUGGUGAAUCCAAGUUGGGAGGCAGCAAAGGGUUUGAAAAUAAUAGGACUUGGAGAUGGCUUAAAGGUCCACAUCCAAGAGGUCCCUGUGAGUUAUUCCAAAGCCAUGGAAGCCAUCACGAACAUCUGGCAGACUGUGAAGCCAAAGGUUGCUGUCCAUCUCGGCAUAGCGCCAGGAUCCAGAUGCAUUACUUUGGAGCAGAGAGGGAAGAACCAGGGUUAUAAGGGCAGAGAUGUUUGUGGUUUGUGCCCAGCCAAUCACUGUUGCAUUGUGGGAGGACCAGAUACACUAGACUCCAUCAUAGAUAUGAAGUCUCUGACAAAGCAUCUGAAAAGUUUGGAUCUGGAUGUGAUUUACUCCAGGGAUGCUGGGAGGUAUUUGUGUGAUUUUACCUAUUACUGUUCGCUGUACCAUGGCCAGGGCAGGGCUGCUUUCAUUCAUGUGCCUGCCUCAGGCAGUCUGGCAUGUCCAGCAAGGCUGGUGCCUCUGCUACACAGCAUCAUCCAGGCCAUGCUGUGCCAACUGGACACCCCAAAGCAGACAGCACCCACGGCCAGUGCAGACUACAAACAGACCCAUGCAGAGCAGGUUCAGAAGUCCUUCAGUCAGUCACAAGCAGCACACAAAGAUAACCACUUACAGGGUGGUGCGCAAUAA